GCCGCUAAUUUUUUUACCCCACACUGCCGUAAACAGUCCGCUGCGUAGUAAUUUCACAAUUUGUUUAGUUUAAAGGUUUUCAUAAAGUCAUCUGUCCACCGGCACAGCAGAAAAAUGCCGAAAAUCUUCACUCCCACAAACCAAAUCCGGCACACGAACGUGGCCGUGGUGCGAAUAAAGAAAGCCGGCAAACGGUUCGAAAUUGCGUGCUACAAAAAUAAGGUAGUGUCCUGGCGAACCGGAGCCGAGAAGGAUUUGGAUGAAGUACUACAAACGGUGGCCGUAUUUAACAACGUUUCAAAGGGCGAGAUGGCAAAGAAGGAGGAUCUGAUGAAAGCUUUCGGAAAAGACGACGUCAUAGAAAUUUGUAAGGAAAUUCUCGCCAAAGGCGAGCUACAAAUUUCCGAAAAAGAACGACACGAUCAGCUGGAAUCGAUGUUCCGGGAAAUCGCCACCAAUGUCGCGGAUCGUUGCGUGAAUCCGGAAACAAAGCGCCCUUACCCGGUUUCGAUCAUCGAGAAGAGCAUGAAGGAUAUCCACUAUUCGAUCAAACCGCACAGAAACGCAAAGCAGCAAGCCCUGGAAGUGAUUAAGCUGCUGCAGGCAACAAUUCCGCUGGAACGUGCCAAGAUGCGACUGAAGGUGGCCUUGCCACGGAAGGAUGCCAAGCGGCUGAAGGAUAAAGUGACCAAGCUGGCUACUCCUGUGGAAUCGGAGGAAUGGGAGGGCGAUCGGUUGGUCAUCACGUGUCUAAUUAAUCCAGGACAUUUUCGCGAGAUGGAUGAGAUUGUUCGUACCGAGACAAAAGGCAACGGCGCUCUAGAAGUGCUUGAUUUGAAGGAAGUCAAGGAGGGAGAGGAAGUCCUGGAAUAGGCGCGAUUCAUUUUUUUUAUCUAUGAGCUGCCAUUAAACGGGUGAUUGACGUUAUCGUACUGCAAAUAAAAUUGUUUAAUAAAACAUUUAUAUCUGAUCAGAGUUU